AGAGUUUGGCCGCUGGAAAGUAAACAAUCUUGCUGUGGAAAGAAGAAAUUUCCUUGGCUCCCCACUGCCACUCGCCCCAGAAUUYUUCCGCAACAUAAGGCUACUGGGAMGGCGCCCGACRCUUCAGCAGAUCACAGAAAACCUGAUCAAGAAAUAUGGGACACAUUUCCUGCUCUCAGCUACCCUGGGAGGAGAGGAGUCACUCACAAUUUUUGUGGACAAACGGAAGCUGAGCAAGAGGUCGGAAGGAAGCGACCCCAGCAGCAACAGCUCUGCGGUGACGCUGGAGACCCUGCACCAGCUGGCAGCCUCCUACUUCAUCGACAGGGACAGCACCCUGCGCCGCCUGCACCACAUCCAGAUCGCCUCCACCGCCAUCAAGGUAACAGAGACACGGACCGGUCCCCUCGGCUGCAGUAACUAUGACAACCUAGAUUCUGUCAGCUCUGUUCUGGUUCAGAGUCCUGAAAAUAAGAUUCAGUUGCAAGGUCUUCAGGUCAUCCUGCCUGAGUACCUGCAAGAGCAUUUUGUCCAGGCAGCUCUGAGCUACAUUGCCUGCAAUUCCGAGGGAGAGUUCAUCUGCAAGGACAAUGACUGCUGGUGUCAGUGUGGCCCCAAAUUCCCCGAGUGCAAUUGUCCCUACAUGGACAUUCAAGCCAUGGAAGAAAGCCUGCUCCGCAUAAGUGAGACCUGGAAUGCUUACAACAGUGAAUUUGAAGAAUCUGAUGAAUUCAAAUUAUUUAUGAAGAGGCUGCCUAUGAAUUAUUUCCUGAACACAUCUGCUGUGAUGCAUUUGUGGACAAUGGAUUCUAACUUCCAACGUCGCUACGAGCAGCUGGAGAACAGCAUGAASCAACUCUUUCUCAAAGCCCAGAGGACGGUGCACAAACUCUUYGGUCUCAGCAAGAGGUGCCACAAACAGCCACUCAUCCGCAUGCCAAGGCAGAGGUAAGGGACUCCCAAAUCCUSAGAAAUCCAAACUGCUGUGAAAGGAAGUCCAUGAGAUCCUGAGAAACC